AUGCUAGGGUUGGUGGAGGGGAUGAUCGAGGAGGCGCCCCCGGAGAAGGGGCCGCGGAGGUUCGGGAACGUCAGUUUUCGCCGGUGGUAUGGGAUCCUAGGCGAGAGGGUGGACAAGCUGUUGAGGGAGUAUUUGCCGGCGCGGAUGUGGGAGGAGUGGGGCCAGGGAGUGAAAGAGAAAGAGGAGGACCUGAAGGAGGAGGUGAAGGCGUAUUUCAUGGGUGCGUUUGGGAGUGCGCAGAGGCUGGACUAUGGCACGGGCCAUGAGCUGAGCUUUCUGGCGUUCCUGGGGUGUCUGUGGAAGUUGGGCGCUUUUACUCCAGUUCGCGGCGAGGGGGGAGCAACGGAAGGGGACGGAGAUGGCGAUGGCGAGGUGGAGAGGAGCGUUGUGUUGGGGGUGUUUGAGCCAUACCUCAAGGUCAUCCGCCGGUUGAUCCUAACGUACAACCUCGAGCCGGCCGGGUCGCACGGCGUUUGGGGGCUCGACGACCACUCCUUCCUGCCGUACAUCUUCGGCUCGGCCCAGCUCACCCGCCCCAUCACCGAGACGGAACCCAUGCCGCUGGAAGGCUCGGCCCCCGACGCCCCGCGGCCCUCGACCGUGGUCAAGGCCGCGUCGGUAGACCUUUACCGGGAGUCCAACAUGUACUUCUCGGCCAUCGGUUUCAUCAACGACGUCAAGACGGGCCCGUUCUGGGAGCACAGCCCGAUCCUGUUCGAUGUCUCGGGCAUCAAGGACGGCUGGGGAAAGAUUAACAAGGGCAUGAUCAAGAUGUUCAACGCCGAGGUGCUGUCCAAGUUCCCCGUCGUGCAGCACUUCCCGUUCGGGUCGCUCUUCUCAUGGGACGCGGACCCCGAGGCCACGACGCCGGCAGGCUCGGUUCAUUUGGUUGCUCAUGGAAACAGCACUGCAGCCUCGGGUGCUCCCGCUGCUGGAAGCGGGCCAAGAACAGGAACAGCCGCGCCCUGGGCGCAAGCCACGCAGAUGCCUGGUGUAGCGGCCGGUGUGCCGUCCGGGCCUGGAAUUCCUUAUUCGAGGGCGCCGUGGGCAGGGACGGGAAGUUCGGGCCCGACCAUGCCGAGAGGGGGAGUCCCUGAUACUGGGCCGGCCCCGCCGACAGUCUUUCCGCGCGGCAAGCCGGGCACGGCGAGUAAUCAGUUCGCGGUAACGAAGGCGCCCUGGGCAAAGGAUUAG